CCUGGGAGGAGCUGCUGGCAGUGGCCUCCGCCGUGAAUGGCAGCGACUUCAACGGGGAUGGCAAACCCGACUACUCCAUUUGCUGGCAGGUAGAGGACUGCCUGGAGUCCUCCGCGGUGAUGGUGCAGGUCCUGGCGCCCCUGGUCCAGUCCAUGGGUACGGCACACGGCUGGUUGUUCGACCCAUGGGACAUGCAGCUGCUGGUGAACAGCACCGCCAUGAAACGGGCGCUGGAGCUGUUUCAGGGGCUGCAGUCCGUGACUUACCCGGGGCCCCGCUGUAACCUGGCUCACAUGGAGUUCGUGAUGGGUGCAUGCGCCUUCACAGUCAAGUGGAGCGAGCAGUUCAAGGUAACCGACUACUAUGUGAAGGCCCUCCGCGGCCGGGUGGGAGUGGCGCAGCUGCCGGGCUCCACCCACGUGUUGGACCGAACCACGGGUCAGUUGGUCCCCUGCACCGCCAGCAUCUGCCCCUUCGCCCGCACCGAGCAAGAUGCCAGGACGGGGCAGGCUGUGCUGGUCAACCGGGCGCCGCAUUUCGGGUUCGGGAGCUUCUCCGGGGCUGCGAGGCGGAGUGCGGAUGCGGGCUACCAGCAGGCGGUGUACCGCUUUUUCGCCAACCUGGCUAGCAGGGACCUCAGCUGGACGUUCGUGUUGGAUCCUAGUUCCCCCGUGGGCCCCUUCCGCUACUCGCAUGUGGACACGGCAAACAUACACAGGUGGGUGGAGGCCGGGUACGACGGCAACGACACCGUUGAGUUCCUGGCCGCCUGGAAGGAGAGCCUCGUCAACCCCAACCUGGCCCUAGACAUCCGCAUCCUGGACUCCUUCAAGUACAGAUCCAUCCUGGGUGACGCCGCGACCAACAUCUCCCGCAACCUCUCCACCCCCCUGGACGAGCUCUUCACCGCGGUCGUGCAUCAGAUGGCCCUGGUGCUGGCGGAGAGUGGCGGGGUGGACAAGGUCCGUGCCGCCUACCGCACCGCCCUGGGCUACUCCUCCUCCACCCCCCCACCGCCUCCGGAGCUCUUCAUCGCUCACCCGCCUCCCGCGCCCGCCCCGCCGCCUCCCGCCUCGUCCUCCGGCCCCUCUACGCUAGGAGCAGUGGCAGGGGGGACGGUGGCGGCAGUGGUGGCGGUGGUGGGGUUGCUGAGCUUGGCGGGGUACUGGCUGUGGGCCAGAAGCCAAGGUCGCGGCCUGCUGGGCUCCACGCUGCCCCCCAAGCCCGGCCCCGAAACCACGCUGCUGGUGGCCUGCCUGCCCGACCUGCCGCUGCUGAUGAGGGAGCUGCCGGAGCCGCUGGUUGCACGGGCCCUAUCGCAGUACCUCGCCUUCAUGCGACGCUUGCUAAAGCAGCACAAGGGCUAUGAGGCGCUAGCCGCACCAGCAGCAAUCCAGCAGGCGGCUGCCGGUGGUGACAGCGGAGGCUUGGGUGAGCCGGUUUUCGCUGCUGGCGGCACCGCCCGAGCCAGCUCUACCCUAGGCUUGACGGCUUUACAUGGCGGCGGCGGCGGAGGCGGCACUAGUGGCGGCGGUAGCGGCGAGGAGGCGGACGAAAAUUUCGGCCCCACUCGACAAGUCAGCAGCGUCCCCGUAAUUGGUGCCGCGGCGGCGGCGGCGGCCGCUGUCGCCGCGACGGAAGCGGCGGUUGACGCCGCCGUCACCUCUGCCGCUGCAUCGGAAAUGGCAGCGGUGGCGACGGCGCCGCUUGCGCCGAACAGCGCUUUCAGGCUUGGUGAAUUAGCAGGCGAGGGUUGGUUCAUGGUUUGCGCCUUCAGUACGGCACGAGAUGCCGUACGGUUUGCUGCGGCGGCGCAGCAGGGCCUUAUGCGGCUGGACUGGCCGUCGCUGCUGUUAGAGCACCCGGCCUGCAUGCCGCUGUACGCGCUGUCGGCUGCCGUACUCUCUAACCAUCCGACACGCCUCCACAGCACGCAGCCGUACGGCAACACCAGCGGAGGUGGAGGCGACGGUGUCGGCCGGGUUUCAGAGCCGUCCCCUGGGCCCCCCCAUGCCAAACUCAGCAUUGCAAGCCCAGCUUACUACAACAACAGCAGUCAUCACAACCCCAGUAACCCCUCCAUGCACAGUCUCAUACCGCAUGGAACCUAUCACGACCGGGGAGGGCCUGGAGGCGGCGGCAGCGGUGGUGGUGGUGGCGGUAGCGUAGCAGCGGCAACAUGCGCUGGCGUCGAUGGUUCUUCCGUACAUUCCGUGCAUGCCGUACAUCAUGUAGUGCACACCGUACAUGCUGGCGCUGCAGCGGUUAGCUGUAGUAGACCGUCCGGUGCCGCCCCUGUGGGAGAUCCCCACCUGCCGCCUGCUCGACCCAAGCCGGAACGAGGCACCAGCGCCAUCGUGCGCUCGCUGCUGGCCCGCCGGCACCGCGUGCUGGACCUCUUCCACACUGCCGGCAGCAGAGGGGGCAGCGAGGCGCCCUCGCGCUCGCACAGCUCCUGCCAGUCCAUCAUGAGGACGAAUGGGGAGGUGCAGUCGCUGUACAGCAGUCGCGGAGGCGGCGCGGGAGGAGGAGGAGGAGGAGGAGUCGGGCUGUCGCCUUCGCUGUCGCCAGCGCUGCGAGGAAGACCGGCGGCUGGUGUGGGGGUCCAGCUGGGAGCAGCAGCAGCGGCAGCGGGGGGCAGUACGUGUGUGAGUGGCGGCGGUGCAGCUGCCGGGGCGUUGGCCGGGGCUGCUGGCUCCUCAUAUGACGGCAGCCCCCAGCAACAACAGCUCCAGCAACAGCAGUCACAGGUGGAAACCCACCGGCAGAGCGCAUCGGGUGUCCGCUUGGAGCUUCAUUCGCCGUUACUGCCGUGGCCACCGGCGCGGGCGCAGCAGCGGCAGCCGCUGCUGCUACCGCAGCAGCCGCAGCGAUAUCAGACGCAGUUACCACCACCUUCACUACAACAGCAGCAGCAACAGCAACAGCUGCGUCAUCAGAACUCCUCGCCACUCGUGGAGACCCCAUGCCAGCCCCAUGCCGCCAUAAGCGGACUAGCCGCCAACCUUCAAGCCAAGAGCUUCACGGUUGACCGAGCUGGUUACUUCCCGCAUCCCUUUUCCACCGCAGUCGCCGCUGCUAAUGCUGCCGCCGCUGGCGGUUUACCUUCUCUCGCCACGGCUCAGCCACCAUGGUCUAACGCCUCCUCCCCCGCGGCAUGGGUGACGGAGCUACCAGACCCCCUCGGCGGCACCUCCGCCGCCGCCUCCUCAUCCGUCGCAACGUCGCGAACCCCUUCCUUUGCUGUGCGCUUCCGUGCACUCAACUUCCUGCCAGCAGCCGCCAGCCCAACGGCAGCUAGUGGCAGCGGCAGCGGCACGCCUCCAGUCGGCAGUGCUCGCAGCAGCCGUGGUUUGCAUUUGUUGUACGGGCGGCGGACAUUGGGUCUAUGCCCGGCUACGUCACCCGGUAGCAACGGCGGAGGCGGUGGCGCGUAUCGUGCUAGCACCCCACAAUCCUUCCUUGCAGUCACCUCCGCCGGUCCACCUGUCAGGGCGACUUCAGUGACGGCGGUGGCUCGUGCCGGCGCAUCUGGCGCAGUGCAAAUGACGACGGGAGGUGGCGGCGGCGGCGGUGACGGCACAGUGGCGAUGGCCAAUACCUUCUCUGACUUGCAGAUCAUUAGCUCGACAAGUCCGCUCGAAGGAGCGUCGGGAGGCAGUUUUCCCUUGACUACGUCGCACCAUCUGACGUCCAUACAGUUGUCAUCUAUGGAGCACCAGCAGCCGACGUUGACGGCGGCGGUGCCUGCGUCCGUCGCCACAGCCGCUGUUGCGUCGGAACAGCAGCAUCAGCAGCAUCCUCCCGCCUCGACAGCGACGUUGGUGGCGGCAACGCAUGCGGCGGCGGCGGAAGGUACGGCACCCGCAGCCGUCACUAAUGCCAGCGUCGCCGCCAGCGGCAAGUCUGUGAGCAACAAAUCCGGCGGCGGCGGGCCGUUGCAAGUUGUACGAAUGGCCGAGUACUACCAAGUUGCUUUUAAAAUAGUCAACGCCCUGGGUCAAGUGGCGUCAUCCUACAUAAGAGGGGCUGAGGGCGGUGCUGCCGGCGCCGCCAACGCUGCUGCUAAUGCUGCCGCCGACCCUGCUGACGGCGGCGGCAACCGGGAGCUCAGGGACCCUUCAGGACGUGUCUCGCUGCAAGGCGGGGCCGUGAUUGCGAGCACUGCCAGCCCCAAUGACGCCAGUGCCAGCGGCGCCGCUGGCAGUGCUGCUGGCGGUGGCGGUGACGGUGGCAUUACUGCCGGUGGUUUACUCGUCGUGGCUAGCCGCGGGACGGAG